UUGUCUUGUGCUUUUAAUUUCCUCACAACUUCUCUUUCUCCUUCUCCCCCUCUAAGGUCCUACUGCACAAGAUUUUCAGGAAACAUGGCGUUCUUAGCUCUUCUCUUGCUGGGGUUUCUCUCAUGUGUGUAUGCUGACACUCAUGGUUGGAUGGAUGCUCAUGCAACCUUCUAUGGAGGGGGUGAUGCGUCUGGCACAAUGGGUGGAGCAUGUGGAUAUGGAAACCUGUAUAGCCAGGGUUAUGGAACUAACACAGCUGCUUUGAGCACGGCCUUGUUCAACAAUGGUUUGAGCUGUGGGGCCUGCUUUGAGAUCAAGUGUGUGAAUGACCAAAGGUGGUGCCUUCAGGACUCAGUUGUGGUCACUGCCACAAAUUUCUGUCCUCCAAACAAUGCCCUCCCAAAUGAUGCAGGUGGCUGGUGCAACCCUCCCCUUCAACAUUUUGAUCUCUCUCAGCCUGUUUUUCAACAAAUUGCUCAAUACAGAGCUGGCAUAGUACCUGUAGCUUUCAGAAGGGUGGCAUGUCAAAAAAGGGGAGGCAUCAGGUUCACCAUGAAUGGCCAUUCAUACUUCAACCUAGUCCUAAUCAGCAACGUUGGUGGUGCUGGUGAUGUUCAAGCAGUUUCCAUCAAAGGUUCAAGGACUAAUUGGCAACCAAUGUCCAGAAACUGGGGUCAGAACUGGCAAAGCAACACUUACCUCAAUGGACAAAGCCUCUCCUUUAAGGUUACCACCAGCGACGGCCGCACCUUGGUCUCUUACGAUGUGGCCCCUAGUAGCUGGUCCUUUGGCCAGACCUUCACAGGGCAACAAUUCAAUUAAGAGAUACAUAAGAACAUAACAACACUUGAGAGUUGGUUUUGCAAGUGUUGGCACUUAAAAUUAAGUGUACCAUUUAUGGACUAUGGUUAGUACUUAGUAGUAUAAUUAAAAAAGAAAUAUAAUAUAGAAGUGAUGAGAGUCAUUGGGAGCAAAUGAGAGGGGCAUAUUUUAAGAUGGCCCUUGUCAUUUGGAUUGUGUUAUGAAGAAUUCUGUUCUGCUCUCUAUUGAAAAAGGCAGAGUUAGUAAAGGUGGCAGUGGUGGUAUAGUUAAUCAACCCGCCAUUUUUUGUUUAUUGGAGUUAGUUCAACUUUUAAUUAUGGAAGUAUGGUAUUUUCUAGCUUAGCUAUAAAGGAAUAGAAUUGAAAAUAAAUGAGGCAGUAGUUUUGGUUCUAUAUGUCAUUGUAUUCGACUUUAAGGAGCUGAUUCUGUGUAAGAACGAAUGGAAGACAUGGAUGAAUAAAAUUAUGUUUUUGGUAAUUA